AUGGCUGCUACCGCAACUCAAACCGAGGUGCUCUUCUUCAACCGAAGGCCCUCACGAACUUCAACUGCGGCGUCAUCUCUUCCGCCAGCCUACGACCCCGGCAGCUACGAACUCAGGCCCCUAUCCACCACUUCCUCAAGCUCCAGCAAUUCUCCUCCUCAAUAUGACACCCUCGAUGCCGGCAGCUCGUCCUCUUCAUCUCAACCAGCAUUCCACUGCACAAAGGCCUUCCAGAUCGAAACACGAGGCCAACCUCUCAUUGCUCUACCCAUUCCUCCUCGACCGGUUCCCAUCCCCGUAUACAACGUAGAUCUCUCUUCAGAUGCCGUUACAGGUCUCGCCUACGAGUCACUUCGUCCGCUUCGAAACUCGGGCAACUGCAGUCUUAUCCGGGCUGGUGACUCGGAGGAGAAUCCCGUCUGUCGCACUACAUAUCGAUGGGGCCCUGGUAGACCGCCCAGGAUGGAGCUUACGGGAGACAUGGCUCUUGAUGAAGAGUUUGAAGUCGUGAGCAAGGGACUUACUACGAGAUCGCAAGUGUUCCGCACGCAUCUUGGUACAUUCCAGUGGCGUUAUGCCAGACGCGAGGAGAGGAGGGCGGCUGGAGCGAACAAUUUGAUGGUGCUCGAUCGGAUCAUCAUGGUGGCUCUUGAGGGCGGAGGCCAAGAAGAGAGGGGGACUCCCGUGGCGAAAUUCCUGAGGAACGAAAUGGUGAGGACGCCUGGAACGAAGGCGACGACGGCUGGGAACGGGGGAAGGCUGAUGAUGAAUUUGACCGAGUGGGAGAGGACCAAGGGGGAGGCAGAGCAGCUGGAGGUGUUGGUGGUUGCUAGCUGCUUGUUGAUGCUGAAGAAGGAGGUUGAUAGGAGGAGGAUGCAGCAGGCUAUUGCUACGACAUCGCCGUGUUAUUUCGCCGCGGCGGCCAUUCACUGA